UCUGGUAUGUUUUCUCUCUUACCCACUAGACUUCAUGAGGAGAUAAUUGACUUUUACAACUUCAUGUCCCCUUGUCCUGAAGAAGCAGCCAUGAGAAGAGAGGUGGUGAAACGGAUCGAAACUGUAGUUAAAGAUCUUUGGCCGACGGCUGAUGUACAGAUAUUUGGCAGCUUUAGUACAGGUCUCUAUCUUCCAACUAGUGACAUAGAUCUGGUGGUCUUUGGAAAAUGGGAGCGUCCUCCUUUGCAGCUGUUGGAGCAGGCCCUGCGGAAGCACAACGUGGCUGAGCCGUGUUCCAUCAAAGUCUUAGACAAAGCUACGGUACCAAUAAUAAAACUCACAGAUCAGGAGACUGAAGUUAAAGUGGACAUCAGCUUUAACAUGGAGACUGGUGUCCGGGCAGCGGAGUUCAUCAAGAAUUACAUGAAGAAAUAUUCAUUGCUGCCUUACUUGAUUUUAGUAUUGAAACAGUUCCUUCUGCAGAGGGACCUGAAUGAAGUUUUUACAGGUGGAAUUAGCUCAUACAGCCUAAUUUUAAUGGCCAUUAGCUUUCUACAGUUGCAUCCAAGAAUUGAUGCCCGGAGAGCUGAUGAAAACCUUGGAAUGCUUCUUGUGGAAUUUUUUGAACUCUAUGGAAGAAAUUUUAACUACUUGAAAACUGGUAUUAGAAUAAAAGAAGGAGGUGCCUAUAUCGCCAAAGAGGAGAUCAUGAAAGCCAUGACCAGCGGGUACCGACCAUCGAUGCUGUGCAUCGAGGACCCCCUGCUGCCUGGAAACGACGUCGGCCGGAGCUCCUACGGGGCAAUGCAAGUGAAGCAGGUUUUUGACUACGCCUACAUUGUCCUCAGCCACGCGGUGUCGCCGCUCGCCAGGUCCUAUCCAAACAGAGAUUCUGAGAGUACUUUGGGCAGGAUUGUCAAGGUGACUCAGGAAGUGAUCGACUACCGGCAGUGGAUCAAGGAGAAGUGGGGCAGCAAGAUCCACCCAUCGCCGGGUCUCGACAACAGAAUCAAGAUAAAAGAGCGAAUAGCCACGUGCAACGGGGAGCAGACCCCGAGCCGAGAGUCCGAGUCGCCGUACGGCCAGCGCCUGACCUUGUCCCUCUCCAGCCCCCAGCUCCUCUCCUCGGGCUCCUCUGCUUCUUCAGUGUCUUCGCUUUCCGGAAGCGAUGUUGACUCGGACACGCCGCCCUGCACCACACCCAGCGUUUACCAGUUCAGUCUGCAGGCGCCGACUCCUCUGAUGGCCGGCUUGCCCACUGCCUUGCCCAUGCCCAGCGGGAAGCCCCAGUCCACUGCGUCCAGAACACUGAUCAUGACGACAAACAAUCAGACCAGGUUUACUAUACCUCCACCGACCCUCGGGGUUGCCCCUGUUCCUUGCAGACAAGCUGGUGUUGAAGGAACUGCACCCUUGAAAGCCGUCCACCACAUGUCUUCCCCGGCCAUCCCCUCGGCAUCCCCCAACCCACUGUCGAGCCCUCACCUGUAUCAUAAGCAGCACAACGGCAUGAAACUGUCCAUGAAGGGUUCUCACGGCCACACCCAGGGCGGCAGCUACAGCUCUGUGGGCAGCGGGGGCGUGCGGCCCCCCGUGGGCAACCGUGGACACCACCAGUAUAACCGCACCGGCUGGAGGAGGAAAAAACACACACACACGCGGGACAGCCUGCCCGUGAGUCUCAGCAGAUAAUGGCUCCUGGCCGCGCCGGCCUCCCCGACCCCUCCCGCAGACUGCCCGGCCGCCUUGGGCGCCGGCGGGGAGCCGAGACCAGCGUCCAGCACGUCGGCCCGGGCACGCCGCGGAUCACUCUGCAUGUUUCUUUGUGUGGUGGUCACGUCCAUCUUAAAGAACAGCUCGUCGUGCUCAUCUGUGAAGCCUUAUUCAACGUGGACGUUGUUUUCUGCCUUCCCACGAUUCUUCGUUCAGUGCCGAUCAGGUCGGGCUCGGGAACUGCAGGACGAGAGCGUGCGCUUGCAGUUCCGUGGCAGCCGGUGUCUGUUCUUUGCGGUUUGGUAUUUUCAUUUCACGUCUGUCAAAGCAGCAGAGGAGAUCAAACCCCGUACGUGUGUCUUUCCUCCACGGAUAAGCUUGGGAGGUCAUCGUUUUACUGCCCUCACGUUUCGUUUGAAAUUGCAGAACUGUUUUUCUAUGUAAAUAUUGAAAACUUAUGAUUUGUGCAAUAACUCAGAUAUUUUUUAUUUAAUUUCAUAUUUUCACAUAAGUUAUAUUUAAGGGAGGAGGGAAUUUUUUUAAACGAGCUUAGAUCCUUUCCCGAGUUGCAUUUUCUAAGUUGGGUUCAUUGUGUCGGCUGAUUGUCUGAGGAGCAUCGUUACAAACACUAUGAGGAGGGGCUUUGGGGUUUUAUUUUUAUGUCUUUUCUUUUGGUCAGAUGUGAGGGAGGGAGCCACGCUGCCCUGCGGGGUCCGAGGGGCUCGCUCUGAAACCGUGCGACGGUCUGCCGGCGGCCCUGCCUUUGGGCCUCAUGCUGUUGUCCUGCUCUGACCACUGAGUUUCGAUGUUUUGGUUUUUGGUUCUUUUAAACUAGACAACAAAUCCAGCAUUUAAAGUGCCAGAAGUAUAACUUUCUAAGGGGAGAAAAGGUUGUCACGUUAUAAAAUCUUAAAAAAAAAUGUGAACUUGGAAAUGCUUCAGUGAGUUUUAGUAACAUAGCCUGUAAUGGUGGGUCUGGUGAGAGUCACCACGGACCGUGGUACCCAGUUUUAGGAAUGUGGAGAAAGGAAUUCUGUUGAUUCCGUUGGGAAUCUGCAUAGCAGUAUGCAUUCGUUCUGUUAAGAGCAAACAUAGGAGAAGUUCUUCAGCUGCUCAGCGCACCGUGGGGAGUAUUUUUAAUGUAUUGCAGGAGAGCACAGCCCAGCGUUGGGGCCGGGAGCGGCUGGCGCCAACGCCGGAAGCAUACAGGUAUACUAUGCAAGUGUAUUCUGCCACAGCAACCACUGUCUUUGUUACCUUUUUUUGAACAAGAAUAUCCAUCCUGCCUAACCCUGAGUUCUCGGAGCACCACCGUUGUCCUGGGAGUCGGUUGCACCUUGUGGGCCAUCUGACUCCCCGUUUUUACAGUUGGGGGUCCUGGCCCUGCUAAACACUACAGGUAGGUUGGUCUUUGAAGUCCACUAGUGGAGAAUGUUGAGACGAGGAACUUGUUACCAUGACACCUGAUGGAUGUGCAGCAGUGGGGAGUUCUAGAUCGAUGUCUGCAUGUGACGGACACCCAGCAAGGACAAGCUUUAAAAUGUCUGCGGUCUGCCUUUGGAAGCAGGGCCGGCCCACACUGUCACCGGGAGCUGUCGACUGCGGCUGCGGGUUCUCUGGGAGGCGUGCCAGGAUAGAGUAGCACAUUACGUCUGCAGUUCUUGGUCGGAAGUUAUCAAAAAUAUUUAAAAGUAUUUAAAUUGUGAACCUAUUGAUAAAGAAUAUUUAUAAAAACUGAUCUGUAGGCCUGUACUAAUCUCUACGCAUUAGCAAUAUUGACUGUAAACCUACAUUAAGGAAGCCACUGCGGGGACAGCGGCGAGUGUCCCGGGGGGGUGUGCAUUUUAAAGCUUGAUUUAUAGACACAGGUACCAUGUUCCGUUUCCGUCAUGGUGAACCGAAUGAAUUGGCCUGGCUAGCACGGUGGGCUCGUGCUGCAGAUUUAACCGAAAAAUAUCUAUCAUGUUUCGACUUUUUUGUGUGUGGACAACAAUGUGGAAGCUAAAAUUGACAUAUUUUUAUGUAAAGUUUUUCUAUUCUUUGAUUUUUAAUAAACUUUGGAAACCAGU